AUGUUGAAUUCCAUCAUGAAGCAUGUCCUACAUUGUCUGCUGCUAUUUUCGAUAGUUGUGAUGUUUAUGCUGUAUUCCGGAAGUAAGGACGACAGCACUUUUGACUCCUUUGAUCCAUGGGUUAGCUACGGAGUGUUGGGCACGUGGAUACUAUAUCUUCUGCGACUACCAAUCAUCCUAGCCCUGCCGCAGACGCUGUUCAAUUUAUUCGGGCUGGUGCUUUAUAAUGCUUUUCCGGAUCAGGUUAUCCUCAACGGUUCUCCAUUGUAUUGCCCGCCGAUCUGUGUGCGAGUCGUGACGCGCGGUGAUUAUCCGAACCUGGUAAGGAGAAACGUCCUUCGGAACUUGAACACUUGUCUCGAAACGGGUCUGGAAAAGUUCCACAUCGAAGUCAUCACCGACAGGCCGAUUGGGCUCGGGCGCGAUCGAUGGAUUCGCGAGAUCAUAGUGCCACCUCGUUAUCACACGAAAACUGGUGCGUUGUUCAAAGCGCGUGCACUGCAGUACUGCCUCGAGGAUGAAGUCAAUGUGUUACAUGACGAACACUGGGUAGUGCACCUGGACGAAGAAACCCUGCUGACGAAGGAUAGCGUGCGGGGCAUUAUAAACUUUGUGCUGGACGGGAAGCACCCGUUUGGGCAGGGGAUGAUUACCUACGCAAACGAACCCAUAGUCAACUGGCUGACAACGCUAGCGGAUAGCUACCGAGUGUCGGAUGAUAUGGGGAAGCUGCGGUUGCAGUUCAAGCUGUUCCAUAGGCCGUUGUUCGGCUGGAAAGGAUCGUACGUGGUGACGCAGCUGGUUGCCGAAAAGGAUGUCUCAUUCGAUCACGGUCCUGAGGGAUCCGUAGCGGAGGAUUGCUAUUUCGCGAUGCGAGCCUUCGCCCGCGGCUACACUUUUAACUUCAUCGAAGGAGAAAUGCACGAAAAGUCCCCUUUCACCCUGCAAGAUUUGCUCCGGCAGAGGAAACGCUGGCUUCAGGGCAUUCUGCUCGUGGUCUGUUCAUCGGCGAUCCCGCUGUACAACAAGUUCCUGCUCGGCAUCAACCUGUGCUCCUGGAUCACGCUGCCCCUGUCGUCGUUAAACUUAGUGCUUGCUACCAUCUACCCCAUACCAUCUUCCAAACUGCUCGAUAUGGUUUGUGCGUUUAUCACCAGCGUUACAAUUUACAUGUACUUAUUCGGUAUGAUCAAGUCGUUCUCACUGUUACGGUUUAAGCUACGAUACUUUCUACUAUGUGCAGUAGGUGUAAUCUGCACCAUUCCGGUCAAUUUUGUGAUCGAGAAUAUUGCAGUAAUCUGGGGUCUUCUUGGAGAGAAACGAACAUUCUAUGUAGUUCAAAAGGAUAUUCCUACACUUAUUACCGUUUAA